AUGGCCGACUCAUCGGCUUCGCAACCUCCCCCUCCAGCUGCUGCCCCUGCUUCCGCCUCGGCUCCAGCUCCAGCUCCAGCUCCUCCAGCAUCGCAAGAUUCCUCCUCCGCGACUGUCGUCCCCAAACAAGAACCAGAUACCGCUGACAACACCCUGGAUGCGUCUAUCGAACAAGACGUCGACAUAAACACAAACAACACCGCCAACAUGCCGAACCAGAAUCCCGCUGGCGAUGACGCCGCCGCCGCCGCCGGAAACUCCAUCCCCGCGCCCACCUCCGUGGAUGCUCUGGCGGCCGCCGCAGCACCUGCCAAGAAAGAAACCAGCUUGCGGGAGUUCAUGGGCAAGAUGGACGAAUAUGCGCCGAUUAUCCCCGACGCCGUCACAGCCCACUAUCUCACUCUUGCCGGUCUUCCACCUCCGGGUAACGGCCCCAACCAAACACCGCCUCACCUCGCCCGUCUUCUCGCUCUCGCAACCCAGAAAUUUAUCGCCGACAUCGCUGCCGACUCGUACCAGUACGCGCGCAUUCGCGCCUCCAACAGCUCCUCUGCCAGUAACCCCAUGGGCAGUUUGAACGCCGCCUCAGGCUUGAACAUGCCCGCCGGCGCUGCGGGUGUGGGACCCGGGUUUGGAGGUGGCGGUUCUGGAGGUUCCGGACAGGGACGGACGGUGCUUACGAUGGAGGACUUGGGUAUGGCGGUGUCGGAGUACGGUGUCAGUGUUAAGAGGGGGGAGUUCUAUCGGUGA